UUGCUGGGGUAAGGCACGUGAGGAGGAGGCGGCUUGAGGCAACCAUGGCGGGAGGAAUGAAAGUGGCGGUCUCGCCGGCAGUUGGUCCCGGGCCCUGGGGCUGGGGUGUCGGGGGCGGUAGGACAGUGCGGCUACUCUUGAUCCUCUCCGGCUGCUUGGUCUACGGCACAGCUGAAAUUGAUGUAAAUGUGGUCAUGCUUCAGGAUUCCCAAGUUUGUGAAAAGCGUGCCAGCCAACAAUUCUGUUACACAAAUGUGCUUAUUCCAAAAUGGCAUGAUAUAUGGACACGGAUACAGAUCCGAGUAAAUAGUUCCAAAUUGAUUCGAGUCACGCAGGUGGAGAAUGAGGAUAAACUGAAGGAGCUAGAGCAGUUUAGUAUCUGGAACUUUUUUUCCUCCUUUUUAAAGGAGAAAUUGAAUGACACCUAUGUUAACGUGGGUCUAUACAGCACGAAAACCUGCCUCAAAGUUGAAAUUAUAGAGAAGGACACCAAGUACAGUGUCAUUGUCAUCCGGAGAUUUGAUCCCAAACUCUUUCUUGUUUUCCUUCUUGGACUUAUGCUAUUUUUUUGUGGAGACUUGCUGAGCAGAAGUCAAAUUUUCUACUACUCCACUGGGAUGAGUGUGGGAAUUGUGGCCUCUCUACUAAUCAUCAUUUUUAUACUAUCUAAGUUUAUGCCUAAGAAAAGUCCCAUUUACGUCAUCCUGGUGGGAGGCUGGUCUUUUUCUCUGUACCUCAUUCAACUAGUUUUUAAAAAUUUACAAGAGAUCUGGAGGUGUUACUGGCAGUAUCUUUUAAGUUAUGUCCUCACAGUUGGAUUCAUGAGUUUUGCAGUGUGUUACAAGUAUGGGCCCUUGGAAAAUGAACGAAGUAUCAACCUGCUGACCUGGACCUUGCAGCUAAUGGGCCUGUGUUUCAUGUAUUCUGGCAUCCAGAUACCACAUAUUGCCCUUGCCAUUAUCAUCAUUGCCCUGUGUACUAAGAACCUGGAAUACCCUAUUCAGUGGCUGUACAUCACCUACAGAUUUGCUGACUUUGUGGAAGGCUCUUCCCACCUCACGCCAAAUGAAGUUUCUGUCCAUGAGCAGGAGUAUGGAUUAGGGAGCAUUAUUGCCCAGGAUGAAAUCUAUGAGGAAGCAUCCUCUGAGGAGGAGGACUCAUAUUCUCGGUGUCCUGCUAUCACACAGAACAACUUUCUAACCUAGGUGGUGGUCAGUUAUCUUUAUGUGGACUGGCUUGGUGCCUUGGUCCGUGUUGCGUGUGUUGUGCAAUUGCUUUCAACCCUUUGAAACAGUGAGAUAGGGUAGAAAUUCUCCCACUGAAAUAAGAGGCCUAAAAAGGCCUCCCUUUGGAAAUGGGAGGUCUCUAUGGGAUCCCUGAGGAAGGAGAGUGGAUAAGGUAGUGAAUGCUAUGGUAGUUCACUUUCCAUUGGUUAAGCUAACAGCCUACUUUUAUGUUCCCACAGAAAUUGGAUGGCCACAGCUAGCAUGGCAUUCUAGUUCCCUUUUGAAAGUUGAUUCAAUCAUGGCAUUUCUUUCACUGGCUCUCCAAAGUAAGAACUGUUGUUAAGUGCAGGAAUGCUUUUUGAUUAUAGGCUGCAUCUUCCAGAGAGAAAUCCACAAAUCUGAGCCUCUUUCACUCUAGCUUUUAUUUCAUUGACUUUAGAAUAAUUAUUGAUUUAACUGUUUUGGGAGGAAAAUAGAUUUUUAUUGUUUUGUUUUUUAAAUGAAUGUCUUUUUAAAACGUAACAAACUCAUGUUCCAGAACCAGCAAGUGCUCCAGAGUGACACGCACGCCCCCUAGGCCCCUACAUAUUUAUUAAUAUGGAUUAUCCAUUAAAGCCCCAGGAGCUGCUGUUUUAAGCUUUGAUUUAGUUCUCAUACAUAUGAUGGAAAGUUCUAUUUGCCUUUAGGAACAUGCUUGUAGGCUCUUCUGCAGGUGAGGUGUGUUGGGCUUUUUAUUAUAUUCAACUUUCAAUUCCAUCUUAAAAAACAUUCGUAUUCUUCUCUUCCCAUUCUUCCUUGCCCUGCCUUUGACCUUUCAGGAAGGGUCAGUUCCCUUACCUGUGAACUAUGUAUGUUCAGAGUAGCAUUAUUCCUGCUAGCUAGAAGAAGUCAUCUUGUUUAGGGGAUUUGGAUGCUUUUUACAAGUUCUCCAUUUUUCCUGUCAUUGGGUCACGUAUCUUUGAGUUGCUAUGAAAUCAAGAAACUAUGUCCUUUUCCUUUCCCUCCCUUUGUCUACUUGUUCUGUCCAUUUCAGCCUUUUCUCACCACCCAUACUCCCCCAAAUCUGGGUAAUUUUUAAGCCCUGGAACUAUGUAGUUUCUUGAUACAGAAUUUGUAGUUAUGCAGCAGCCACAAUUUGCAUUGCCAGGAAAUAGGCUCCAGGUUAUCUUCAUGCCUCUGGGUGCUCAUUCAGCUGUCAAGUUUCCAUGAACUUACACUUCUUUGUGAUUGCAUUUCUGACCUGAGAUUUAUGCUGCCUGUUGUUGUAGUAGCAUUAGUUUCAGAUUAUUUUGCCAGUGCAAAGUACCCCUUAUAAACCAGCAGUGUUAUCUGUGAGGAAGCAAAUUUUCAAGUGUCUGUCAUUUACUUGGUUCUUUUUCUUUGCAGUCUUCAGCCUCAUACCCUGGAAAAAUCUGUAAUUACUUUAGCCAGGAAAAUAGAUGGUCAUGGCAAGUGCACAGCAUCAGACUUACUGGCUCACCAUGAUCAUGGAAAAAGGCAGAUGAUUUUUUAAAAAGCCGUAAUGACUCCUUUAGACCAGCCAUUUAGCGUGGGUAAUUUUGAAAGGCCUGGCUCCAUUGCAGACUUCCAAAGGGUCAGCUCUGAGACUGCCCUCCAGGUGGGCAGUUGAUUAUUUCCGCCAGUGUUUUCCACAGCCUUAAACUGUCCUAAAGUGACAACUACCUCAGUUGGCAGGAAAGAGACAUAUAGUAGAAAGUGAAAAAUGAGCAGUAUUUGGGCAGAUGCUAUGGGUUACAGUUGAAGGGUAAAAGGAACUUUACAUUGGGAAACCUUUAUACCCUUGUGAAUUAUGUAUAUGGUAAAAUGUUAUCUCUCUACAAAGAACUAUUAAAACUUCUGAGAUAUACUAUUUUUUACCUUAUUUAUAGAAAUUGAGACCUAGCAUAUUUAAGCAUAAGUUUAUUUUAAAAAAUAAUUCAACUUGUGCAAGUGGUCUCAGGAUUCUCUGGAAAUUUUGGUGCCUCCCCUACUUAGGGAGGUGAUAACUUGCCUCUAAGGGUGACUUUUCCUGAUCAUGUCUUUAUUUCAAUGAGAAAGCACUGUGAAAUUGUGAAAGAUUCUCCUCUUUCUCUGUUUAAUAAAUCCCCAUGAAAUAUAGUUUCCACCUUUAGAUCGGUUUUUUUCCACCGUGUUUAGAUUUGAGGUGAGUAAAAUCAAACUGUUUUUUACUCCCUGUCUGGUAGUUGGAGACCUGAGCUGUAGGCAGUGGAGAUGGCAAUUGGUUCUGCAGCCUGAGAGUUGCUCUCAGACAGUGAAGGACGGUGCUUCUCUAGUGUGUUGUGUGUCCUUGCCCUGCCUGCCUGUGGCUCUGCCCGGAUGCUUCAGAUCCUCUGUGUAUCCGGAGAUUGCUUGACUUCAACCUUCUUUAGGAGCUGCUCUUGUCUCCCUCUUGGCCACUUAGUUUGCUGGCUCAGUCACUACUUGAAGACCCCAUUUAAUUUUUCUCUGGCAGUUAUAGCUCUUGUGAUUUCAGUACAGUCUCAUCUCUCAGACCAAUCUCAUAAAGAAGGAUCGAAGGGAUAACUAUGAGGUAAGCUGGACAUCGGAGCCAUGUUUGCUGCCACGUCAGCAUCUUGCUCGGCAAAUGUCAAGCCAUAAAUGGGCUCCAGGGCUCCGGAUCUCAUCAGCAUUGGAAAUCUAUUGCCUCUCAACAGUCUGACCAAAUUAUGUAGAGCAUUAACGUAGAGACUCCCAUUAAUGGGAAUACAAGAGGCAGCUGGCAUAAAACAUUUCUCUUUCACUUUCCUUUCCCACUUACAUUGCUUCAAGAGACCAACAGAACACAGGGAUCAAAAACAAGGAAAAUUUAGCAACUUUGUUACCUUCUAAUAAGUAAUUCCUGUUAGCCAUUGCAUCCCACCAAAACUAGUUUAUUUUUCCCCUCAAAUUCAUGAUUUUUAUGUCUGUUACAAAGGGAAUUUUGCUGAUGAUAGCUCUUUGGGUCCCACUGUUCCAUUUUAUGCUAAUAGAUUCCAUUCUAGGGCCCAGCCUCUUCACUGAUAGUGUUCCCUUUAACCUUUGGCAUGUAUAAUAGAAUUUUGGUGAAUGAAAGAACCCAAAUAGGCCGGAUAGUCCCCCCAGGUCCUGAUAUCCAUAAAAGGCUUGGGAAUGCAUUAUGUAAUUGUCCUUAGUCUUUUUGUUGUUUUAGAAAAAAAAAAAAAGAUGGGCUCAGAUGGAUGCCUACGUAAAAAUGGUUCCUAGCUGUGUACUCAUAACUUUUCUUUGAAUUGAGUAGUGAAAGGAAGUAGGAGGAAAGGAAAUUAAAUGUCCUUCUGGUAUUCUUUGGACUCAAGUCUGACAUAUGAGAUAAUAACCUAUAUUGAAAUGCCAAGAAUUGUAUCUGAAACAAGAGAACAGUUUGACACAUUUAUCAUACCUUCAUAUUACGUAUUAACUGAAAUCAAUUAAUAAACAUGUGAAAUAUCCAUUGAACAAGGCAAAUGCACCUAAACCUUUUGUUUCUGUUUCUACAUAGCAAAAAUGGUUUUUUGUUUUUUUUUUAGGGGAACCUAUAUAAUUAUGACCCAGUGAUGUCUUUUGGUGAUUUAAGCUUACGGAUUCAGGUUACAAUUGAGUUGGAUUCUAGAUGGUUACUACCUUGAAAAGGAUGUUUGUGCCUUAUGUGACACGAGCCAGAGCCUGCUGGGAAUAAGCAAAGCAGAUUCAUGCCAACACCAACUCGUAGCUUUAGUGGGGGAUGGGAGUGGUCACAGACUUCCAAAAUGUGGGGCUUUGGAUUUCCAUACCACCCCAUGUGUGUGUCAUCUUCCUCUCACACUCUUGAUGAUAAUUUGAAAAUGGUGAAAUCACCUCUGAAUUUGCCUGUAGCAUGAGUACAUUCUUAUGACAACAUAACAAAUAGUUCAAAAUGUGAAUAUUAGAAGCUGUUACAGCCUACAAUUGCCGUAAUUUUCCACAUUUGUGGAAUUGAUAUUGAAAUAGCGGGGCUAAGGAAUUACUGGCAAGUUUUAGCCUGUGGGUAAUACCUUAGGGUUGUUUAAAUAUUUGUAAUUUUAUUUAAAUGUUCAUGAAUGUUUGAAAGGAACAAAAUUAUCAGGGAUGGCUCUUUGCCAUGGGUCUUAUUUUUACCCUCUUUUCUGUAAGAAAAAAGAACAAUGUCUUACGUAUUUUUAAAGUUUUUGGUAUAGUUUCUAAUUCCAAUUUUAAUAAAAGUUUUAUAGAUA